GCAUCAACAGCCAACAACGGCAGACGGCGGCGCCAGAUAAUCAAGACAGUUUCGACCAUCGCUAACGCCAAUUGAGAAAAAUGUCGCUCGUAUCGGGCACGCUACUGCUCUUCGUGGCCUGGCUAACGUGGCGUGUGUGGAAGUUCACACUGUCACCUCUGACCAGGCCGAAUGAGCCGAGAGAGCUGCCAUACACAAUUCCUUUCAUUGGCCACGCAAUUUCAUUGUUCAUGAACUCGACUGCUGUCUUGACAAAAGGAUGGAACAAGCUGUCGGGCGAUAACCGUCAGCCAUACGCUCUCCAAGCAGCUGGAACAUUCUUCUACGUCAUAUCACACCCUAAACACAUAGCCGAGCUGUCCAGGAACACGCAAAACUUCUCCUUUGUCGAGUUUUCAGUCGACAUUGUCAAAGCCACCGGCAUGAGCCCCGAGGGCAUUGCGAAGACCUAUAACCUCGACCCAGAUGCUCUCGAUGCCAAAGUCGACCAUUUCAAGCACCCUAUGAAGGACAAGCAUUUCGAGCAUCUCAACCGCCAGCUGCAUACCACGCAACUAUCUCCGAGUUCCCAGAACAACAACUUACCCUCCCUCGAUCAGACCAUUCUCUCAUGGCUACAGAACCACUUGACUAUCCCAAAUCUCCAAGAGUAUUCCCUGGUUCAGGAUGACCUUGAGGUCAAUUUCUAUGAGUUCGUCAAUACGGUCUUCAUCCGCGCAGGCGAGAAUGCGUUUUUUGGUCCCGCCCUUGCCAGAAACCACCCCGACGUGGCCCACGACUUUCGGAUCUACGACGAGCUCCACUGGAGAGACCUGUAUCUGUUUCCACCGUUCUUGGCUCCAGAAUUGACCGCAAUUAAGGAGAAAUUGACAGAGCAGUUCAAAAAAUAUCUGGCCCUGCCCAAACAGGAGAGAGACAAGCAAAACCCAAGCUGGUUCACCCCCAAUUUUGAACUCGCUCUAGACAAGCUAGAAGUAGGCGAGCAAGACAAGGCGGUUUUCUUCCUGAUGCUCUAUCUUGCAACAAACACCAACACCCCCAAGCUCCUCUUCUGGUGCCUCGCCCAUCUCCUCUCCUCUCCGGCAACCUGCCUCGACAAAAUCCGCGCUGAAAUCAGCCCGGCAUUCACAGGCGAUGAGCUGACCGACCCUUCCUACCUCCUCACCCCGGGGAACUGUCCCACCUUUGAGUUCUUCUAUCUCGAAGUCCUCCGCUUCAGAAGCCACUCCGUUUCCGCCCGCGUCGUAACAGCUGACACCGUCCUUCCUGCCCCUGGCUCGUUUCUCUUGCGCAAGGGGGCAAAGGUGUUGAUCCCGUAUAGGGUGUUUCACUUUGAUGAGACCAUCUUUGGGAAGGAUGCCAAGUUUUUCAAGCCGGAGAGGUGGGAAAGCUUGCCGGCGUCGGCGAGAGGGGUGGUGAGGGCUUUUGGUGGGGGAAAGAGUAUCUGCCCGGGGAGGUACUUGGCCGAGAGGGAGGUGAAAAAGGCGGUGGCGUUGAUGAUGAGGAGGUUUGACUUUGAGGUUUUGGCGGAGGGGGGCCCUGGUAAGUGGAUGCCAAAGGGGGAUGAUAGUAGGCCUGGCGUGGGGAUGAUGGGGAUUGAGAAGGGGGGUGAUUUCAAGGUUAGGGUUCGGAAAAGGGAGGUAGUCUGAUGGCGGUGAUUUGAGCAGAUGGUCUUGCGUUAGCCGAGAGCUUUAGUAAUGGGUUGAGACAUGGCCUAUGGGCCAGUUUGACCAUGGAGUUAGGCUUGCCAUUAGGGCAUCGUAAAUGCGCAAUGCUUUCUACAGGGGUCCUUUUGUUUUACAAA